CUUCUUUUCAAAAUUACAAAAUGGAAGAAAGUAAAAACGAUAAAAAAAUCUCACCUGAUCAGGCAGAGGACUUCUCAGUCGAAGAGGAAGAGUCUGAAUAUACCACAGAAGAGGAGGGCUCUUCUUGUGAUAAAAAAGAUGUUGAUCUUAUCACUGAUCAAAGACCAUCGGCAGAUCUUGAGGUCGCAAAGGAAAAGGAACUACGAGAGGUAACUCUCCCAGAUGGUAAUAUCUACAAAGGACAGUGGUUACAGAACCUACCUCAUGGGGAGGGAAAGCUAUCUUACAAAACUGGCGGAUCUUACCAAGGAGAGUUCUCUCAAGGAACCCCUCAUGGGCAAGGUAUCAGGACUCAUCCAGACGGCAGGAAGUACACAGGCAGCUUUGCUCAUGGUAGAGCUGAAGGAUAUGGCGAAUUACAGCAUAAUAGUGCAAUUUAUAAAGGGUUUUGGAAAAAUGAUGCUAAACAUGGAGAAAAAUCUGAUGAGAUUUGGCCAGAUGGCACAACAUAUCAAGGAGGGUACAAGUACGGAGCCAUGAAUGGGAAAGGUUUACUGAUCUACAGUGACACAUCUAUGUUUGAAGGAGAUUUUGUCAAUAACCAAAUGCAAGGAGAAGGCGUUUUUGUUUGGCCUGAAGGCAAACGAUAUGAAGGUCAGUGGAUCAAAAGCAGAAUGCAAGGCCAGGGGAUUAUGAAGUGGUCUAAUGGAAAUAAAUACAUCGGUCAAUGGCAUCGGAGCAAAAGGAAAGGGCAAGGGAUGUUCUAUUUCAACAAUGGGGAUAAGUAUGAAGGAGGUUUUGAAUUAGGAGAAAUGCACGGAAAAGGGAUUUUUUAUAAGUCUAACUAAAAUAAUCAAAGGUGUAUGGGAAAAAGGAAAGUUAAUCACCAGACAUCAAGACAACAAUAAUGAAGAAAGUAAAGAGGAGAGGUUCCCAGAAUUUAAAGACUCUAAUACCCCCGAUCAAGAUUUUGAUGCAAGCCCUAUAAACUACAGGAUCAAAAUAACUGAGCCUUCAAAUCCCUCUCCUGAUGAUUUCACAGCUACCAUCUCGCCUAACGUAAAGUCCAAAUAACAUCUUCAUAAUCUUAUCA